AUGUUCAAGUUAAUAUUGGUAUUGGUGCUUAUUUUAAAACACGCGCAGGCGCAAAUUGCUUUCACAAACUUACCGUGCACAACAAGAAUUCCAAAAAUUGUGGGCGGCAGUGAAGCAGAACGCAACGAAAUGCCCUUUAUGGUCAGCCUGACGCGACGAGGCGGUCACUUUUGUGGCGGCACAAUUAUACAUGAGCGCUGGAUUCUGACCGCCGGUCACUGCAUCUGCAAUGGAUUACAGAAAAUUAUGAAAGCCGGCCAAAUACAAGGUGUUGUGGGACUUCACAGCAUCAGGGAGUAUCUGAAUGACAUAGACGUGGAUCGGCAGGCAUUGCGCGUGGAUUUCAAGAACAUUGUGCCUCAUCCAAAUUAUGCCUGCAACAAUGUCAAACAUGACAUAGCACUGCUAGAGCUGGCGUCGCCGAUUAGUUUCACGCCACACAUACAGCCCAGCUGUGUGAGUUCCGAGAAAGGGCCACGCAACUUGGAGCAUGAGUAUGCCACUGUAUCCGGCUGGGGCUGGACUCAGGAGAAUCAGGCGGAGGGCGAACGCGCUGAUGUGCUGCGUAAGGCAACGGUCAAAAUAUGGGAUAACGAAGCCUGCGAGCGCUCGUAUCAUGCACUUGGAAAGUCUAACACAAUAAGCGACUCACAAUUGUGCGCGGGAUAUGAAAAUGGUCGAAUUGAUUCGUGUUGGGCUGAUUCUGGCGGCCCUCUGAUGUCAAAGGAACACCAUUUAUUAGGAGUCGUGUCGACUGGAAUAGGCUGCGCCCGGCCUGGUCUGCCAGGCAUUUACACACGAGUCAGCAAGUAUGUGCAAUGGAUACAAAAUGUGAUAAAUGGCAACCUUUAG